AUGGCCGCGCACCUGGUUCGCCGCUGCUGCCGGCGGCUGCUGCUGCUGCCGGGGCCCGGCGCGGGGCCCGCCCUGCGCACCGGCCCGGCCCGGGCCGCCGAGGAGCCGCGGGCGCGGCCCGAGGGCGAGGAGCAGCAGCUGCGGGAGCUGAUCCGGGCGGCGGGCAGCGCGCAGGAGCUGCUGCAGCUGGGCCGCGACUCCGCCCUGAGCAGCAACCUGGCGGCGCUGGCCAUCGGGCGGCUGGCGCGGCUGAGCGCCGAGCAGCGCCUGGACACCGAGAGCCUGCGCGGGGACCCGCGCUUCCAGCGCCUCCUGGGGACCCUCGAUGCACAGAUCUCGCAGGUGUGGAACUCGUCGCUGCUGCAGCUGCUGCGCGUGCUGCCGGCGCUGGGGCUGCCGCGGGGCGGGCGCCAGGUGCGCUCGGUGGAGCAGGAGGUGCUGUGGCGGCUGCGGCGCCUGCCCCUGCGGCAGCUGGUGCAGCUGGCCGAGCAGCUGGCGGGGCAGGGCCCCCCGGGGCCGCUGCUGCCCGAGGUGCUGCGCAAGCUGGAGCUGCGCUGGACCGAGCUCGAGGGCACCCGCACCGUGGUGACGCUCAUGGCCAAGGUGGGACACCUGUCCCCCGCCCUGAUGGAGCGCCUGGAGGACAAGGCCCUGGAGCUGGCAGAGCAGUUUGACCCUGUCUCACCUGUCCUGUCCCCCAGGCCCUGGAGCUGGCAGAGCAGUUUGACCCCGACGAGCUGCCCCUGGCUGCGGGCCCUGAGCUACCACCUGCUGCAGAAACCUGCUGAGCUGCCCCUGCCCCCAGCUGUCCCCCCUGGCACAGGCAAGCUGAGCUUCCAGCAGCCGCAGGUGCUGCACCGCCUGGCCCUGGAGCUGCAGCCUCACCUGGGCAGCCUGAGCCCGGCUCAGGUGCUGCGCUGUGCCCGCUCCUUCGCCAGCCUGCGCUGGCUCAGCCGGCCCCUCGCCGAGGCCAUGGCCCAGUACUGCCUGGAUAACACUCAGGACCUGUCCAGCACCCAGCCCCACAUUCCCAUUUUCCCAUUUUUCCCGUUUUUCCCGCAGUACUGCCUGGAUAACACUCAGGACCUGUCCAUCACCCAGCCCCACAUUCCCAUUUUCCCAUUUUUCCCGUUUUUCCCGCAGUACUGCCUGGAUAACACUCAGGACCUGUCCAGCACCCAGCUCUGCGGGAUCCUCGUCUCCUUCGCCCGCCUCAACUUCCAGCCCAGCUCCAGCGAGGAGUUCUUCUCCAUGAUCCACGAGCGGCUGCAGGGGCAGGAGCCGCAGCUGGACGUGCACCUGCUGACAGACGUGGUGUGGUCCCUGUGCGUCCUGCAGCAGCCCCGGGCCCCCCACCUGCGCCAGCUGCUGUCCCCCGAGUUCCAGGCCCGGCUGCGAGGUGACAGCUCCCCGCGGGCAGAGAGCUCGUGGCUGAAGCUGCUGCACAUCAACGCCACAGCCAGGCUAGAGGUGCCAGGCUACGAGGGGCCCUUCCUGCCCCCCGAGCUGCUGGGGGGGCACGGGGACAGGGACAAGGACAAGGAGAAGGCCACCCCCCUGCAGCGGUGGCUGCGGGAGGCACUGCCGGGGGCACUGGGGGGCCCCGACCUCGUCAGGUACAACGUGAGCACCGUGUACGGCUGGGACAUCGAUGCCGAGGCGGUGCUGGACAGUGACAACAAACCUCUGCCCGUGAGGGAGUACGCUGCCCCCCACCUGUCCCACUCUGAGGGGACAAAGCCACUGCCACCGGGGGCCAGGAGGGUGGCCGUGCUCAGUGUCUGUCCCUGUCCCUGUGCCCAGGGUGGCCGGCUCAGUGCUGUCCUGUCUGUGCAGGGUGCCCAUGCUCAGUGUGUCUGCUGUGCCAGGGUGGCCGUGCUGGCGGCUGCCACAGUUCAGCUCACGCCGGGAGCUGCUGGGCCGGGCCUGUCGCGCCCAGGCACCUCCGAGCCGGCGCUCCUGCUGGCCGAGGUGCCACACUACGAGUUCCUGGAGCUGAAGCUGGAGCGGCAGCGCGUGGCCUACCUGAAGGACAAGGUGGCCAAGGCCCUGGCCAGUGACGCGGCAGAGGACACUGCAGGGGACACGGCCACCUAGCCCGCCUCACCUCAUCGGGUGGCCCUGUCCCUGUGCCAGUGUGAGCAGGUCACCGUGCUGAGGUGGCCCCGUGCCUGAGCCCAGGUGGCCACAUCACCACAGCGAGGUGGCCGUGUCACCAGGUCACCGUGCCUGGGUGGCAAUGUCACCACAGCGAGGUGGCCGUGUCACCAGGUCACCGUGCCCGGGUGGGACCCCACAGUGAGGUCCCCGUGUCCCUGUGUGACUGCUGCUCCGUGUCACCAACAGCUCAAAUAAACACAGAACUGUA